UUUUAGCCCGUUUCUUGAAAAUGGUGUACAUUUCAAGAAACGGCGCAGUGCAGGAAGCCCAACCAUGGGGAGUAGAUCGCAUAAAGGGCCUCAUAAUGGGGUUCUUUAACUUCCUGGUGAUGUUCUUCCGCACGAUGCUGGAUUUCCAGGGUGGCGGAUCUGAUGGCCGCGAUACAAGCCGCGGUCCAGGUGGCGGUAGUGGUGGUGGCGGUGGUCCACCCGGUGGUGGCCCUCGUCGGCGACCGAUCGGCCGACCGAUGACACUGUCCGACUGUACCGUACCGGGUGGUGGAUGA